CCACAAUUGCGUCUUCUUCGUUUAAUCAUUUACCGAUCUGGUUUUUGCUUUACAACUCCAAAAGAUUGUUUCUUGCCCCCAAGAGACAGACAUCAAAGACGAGAAUUUCGAUAGAAAAGUCACAAACUUUACUAUUUUGUAUUUGGUUGUAAUCAGACAUGAUUCAGCUACUGUUCUUGGUUCUGUUUGUAGAAGGUGCUACUACCUUCUUACUACUGGUGAAGAUUGGUCCUUUAAGGGAGCUUGUAAUGAAGAGCUUAGACCAGCUUAAAAUGGGUAAAGGUCCAGCUACUGUGAAAACCAUCGCUGGAACCAUGUCUGUGAUCCUAUUCUCGAAUCUCAUGAAUAUCAUCAAGAUUCAGAACAAGGGAGCUAAACUUGGGACAAUGUCUCCUAUGGAUCAGGUCUUAUGGAGAACUCACCUGCUUGAGGCUUCCCUAAUUGGUGUUGUGUUGUUUCUUGGCUUCGUUAUUGACAGGACACAUCAUUAUCUCCAAAAGCUAAUCACUUUGAGAAGCAAUGCCGGGUCAUCUAAAGGAGAAUUAGAACAACUUAGGAAGGAGAGAACUGAACUAAAGGAGAAAGAAGAGAAGACAGCCAAGGAGAUUAAGCAGCUGAAAGAGAAACUGUCAUGUGUUGCAGAGAAUCUGAAGAAAGUUGAGAAGGAAGCGAAAGAGAAAGAAAUGAAGCUGGAAACUGUUGAAGGACGUGUUUCAUCUCUGCAAAUGCAGUCUUCAGAGCUCUUGUUGGAGUAUGAUAGGUUGUUAGAAGACAACCAGACUCUACAAAACCAUAUGGUUGGAAAAUGAAAAACCCUGAACUGAUAUAUAAAGUUUUUUAGAAUGUUUGUAAGUGAAGGGCUGUUAAUAGUUAUUGCAGAAAUGGUGUUUGGAGUGAGUUCUUGUAACAUUUCUUGGUACCCAUUGAUGAUGUCUCUAAAAUGGUGGAUUUAUGAAUUAUAAC